AUGAGGCUGUUUAAUCUCAUCGUACCGCUCAUAUCCCUCGCCGGCGUGGCGUAUGGCCUGCCCUCGACGUCCCCUCUGGCCGGGCGCUCCCUCGCUCCCCGCGGCGUCGGCACGCUCGGUGAAGGCGCAUUCGCAGGCAGCGGCGCCGAUGCGUCCCGCAUUACCGCGCUCCAGCUCCUGCUCGGCGUACGCGGCCACGCCGUCGCCGUCGACGGCGUAUGGGGCAGCGAGACGUCCGGCGCUGUGUCCGCGUUUCAGUCCGGUGCGGGGCUCGACGCCGACGGCAUCCCGGGCCCUGCGACGCUCGGCGCGCUCGUCGACCAGAUCCAGCAGGGCGACGGCGGCGGGAUCGUCUCCGCCGCUCAGACGACGCUCAAGACGCACGGCGGGCCGGCCGACCUCGCUGUCGACGGCGACUUUGGGCCCGGGACGCAUGCCGCCGCGGUCGCUUUGCAGGGUGCGUACGGCCUCGCGCAAGACGGUAUCAUCGGCCACAACUCGUGGACCGCGCUGUUCAACGAGCCGCUCGCGGCUCCGCCGCCGCCGCCCCCGACGCCUGAGGACCCGAAGAAGCCGGUCCCCAACGCCGUUACUGCCGGCCAGGCCAGACUGCUCAGCGACCCCGAGAUCAUCGACCUCGAAAGAAAGGCCCGCUACGCUGCUUCUACGGCGCCGGCGGGAACGGCAAGACUGUACCGACGUGUGGGCGGGACGUGGUGGAACAACUUGUGGAUUCUCCAGAAGACGCCGACCGAGGAGCACUUCCCCGGCUCGACGGGGGUACGGCUCCACUCGGGCUUCUACGACGACUUUGUAGCGAUGAUCAAGCCGAUCCAUGCCGCUGUCGCCAAGGCGCGUGUGGACGGCAACACACGCAUCCUCGUCGUGGGGCAUUCGCAGGGCGGCGCGGUGUCGACGCUCAUGGCGGCCAGUCUGCAGGCCACGUUUAGCGACAUGACCGUGUUCGGCGCGUCGUUCUCCGCGCCGCGCCAGGGCAACACCAAGUGGGCCGACUACGUCGACCGGGUGCUCAAGGACCGCGCGCCCCACGUCAUCAACUACAACGACGCGGUGCCCAACCUCCCCAUGCGGGAGGGUAAGCUGUUCGGGCAGACGUUCGAGUACACGCACCCGUCGCACGAGGUCUGGAUCACCAAGGAACAGCAGUGGAUCGCCUGUAAUGGGAGAGAGAACACGUACUGCGCCAACUCGACCAUGCCCAAGAGCUUUGGUCCCCAUGGAGGCCCGUUCGGGACCGUCAAGGGCAUGGGAGGGUGUGAGGCGUCGCGAGGCAUUGCUAGGCCAAGUGGGUGA